UCUCUGUGGUCAUCCUGCACCACUGACAUUGGCAACACUGAGGGCUUCCAGACAGAACCUGAGGAGGGGCUGCUGCAGCCCUCCUACACAUCAUUUCCAGCUUUGGACACACAGUGAUUCCCUGUGCCGACAUCUGUUGUGCACCAUCCACUGCAGAAAAAAACAAAUGAAAUAUCAUUGCAUGUUUCCAUUGAUCUGGGCUGGCUGUCAGAAGAGCAGUGUGAAGUUUGUGUCACGACUCACGACCAAACAAAGUGCCACAUUUUCCUUGAGUCAAACGGUGACGGUGAAGGAUCUGCUCUUAUCCAACUUGGGACACAAAAUUUCCCGGCAGGACCUUGUGCUUAGUGAGGAUGAGAAGAAGCUUCUGGCUAAAGAAGGUGUGAGUUUACUCAGCAAGCUGCCCCUGACCAAGUUUGAAGAGAAAGUUCUGAAGAAGAUCCGUCGGAAAAUCCACAACAAGUACUCAGCUCAGGAAAGUCGGAAGAAGAAGAAGGAAUCCAUUGAUAGUCUGGAGGGAAGGAUGUUCUAUAGAGCUCACAACCUCAGAUUACAGAGAAAGAUCCAAGAACUGGAGCAGACCAAUAGUGCUCUGAUGGAACAAUUAAGACAGCUGCAGGCUUUCCUUCCUAAGAGCUCCAGCAAAACAGCCCAAAGAAGGACCUGCAUCCUGGUUUUGCUCCUCUUCUUCUCAUUCCUGAUGUCCUCACAUCUUCAGCCACACCAACACAACCCUCUCAACGGCGAGUACACAGAGACUAAAGUGCCGUCUCGCUCCUUGAAGUCAACUGAGGAAGAAGAAGGUAUCCUUCCUUCCCGUCCACCAUCUCAAAACAGUUGCACUCUUUGUUCAGCACAGUGGAAAAAAUGUGGGCCUGGACAAAUCCUCAGCCUGCUAACUUCCCAUCAUCCCACCACCAUGAUCACAGCCAUCGGAAUGGCUUUUGAUUUCCAAGAGGAACCCCAUGAAGACAAAUAUAGUAAAUAUAGGCAGCAUCCGAGUGAGUUGUUUGGCUGCAUGUCCGUGCGUUUCUCACUGUGGUUUUAUGGAGUGACCCUCAUCUGUUCCUCAUGAGGAAAUACACUUGUUUCCUUUUACUCCAGAAAAGGGGGAGCUACAGUGGAUGAGGUACUGGACAUUGUGGGACCUAUCUUACAAACCAGCACAAAGUCACUGAAACAGCAGAACUUUCCAGUCGAGGCAGUUAUGAACUAUAUGCCCUGUGCCUGAGUGCAGCACGGUGGUUCAGUGGUUAGCACUCUUGACUCACAGCAAGAUAGUCUGGGGUUCAGUUCUGACCAAGGCAGCGUCUCUACAUCUGGAGUUGGUCCCUGCGUGCUGUACUGUGGCUGACCACUACUGCUAAUGGUUGGAUUGUGUCUAACUGUCAUCAAGAUGGGUUAAAUGCAGAGG